UUUUGUUCAAAAGCAUCUCCUUGGAUAAUUUUCUCUGUUAUCUUUAAGAGCAUCCAAUCAUCAGCUUUUUGACGAAAAGUAUUAAACUGAAUUCACUUUUUUAGCUUUCAUAUCUGAAUUCAAAUUUCGCACUUACCCUGGGUCACCUUUAACACAGCUUUGAACAACCAGGCCCUGUUAACUGUAUAGGUAGUAUAUUAAUCAGCACCACAGAUCUCACUGUAAUAAAGUCAGUGUAAAUGAGCAGAGCUUUAACCAGAAAAAAAAAAUUAUGGCACAAAAUAAUUAUAUAUACCAAUUUAUCAAUUUAAUUAUACAUUUAUUGUUUUAAAGACUGGCUAAUGAGCUAGAGGCUAUGAAGGAUAAUACAAUGGAAGGAAUUUGUGAAGCACUAACAGAUGAACUAAAUGAGCUUCAACAGCAGAUUCACCUGAAAAACCAGCUUCUCAAACAAAAACAACAGCAGCAGCAGCAAGGCAAAAGAAGAACAAUCCAACAUAAUCAGGUACAGUCUGCACAACACGGGCUGUUUGAAUUUUGUAGGGUAUUACUUCAAAUUCCCUGAGCACAUGUAUGUUAUGAAAGGUUUCCUCCUUCCUUUAAAAAUAGUUCAUGAAAAUUAGUUAAACUUAAGGUGGCAAAUAUGUGCACUCAGUCUAAUAUUCAUUGUUUGCAUGAUCAUUUUAAUGUCUGAACAACGUUAACUCUUCUACAUUUAAACAUAUGUUGCAAAAAGUCCCUGUUCCAAUUUUGGCUAAGCAAAUAGAGUUAUGGUUGUCACAAAAAGUUGUCUUUUUGUUUGUUAGUUUCAAUCUUGUCUCCAGAGCUUUUGUUACCCUUGAUAAGAGGAACGGGCAAUGGAUGCUCUGGAAGGAUUUCAGCCUGCAUAGUGGGCAUUUAGUUUGAGCAAGAAAAUGCAAGAGCAACUGCGUGAAAGCAGGGAAGCAGUGAGGAGAUUGGAGAGGGAAUAACAACAUGAUUUAUUACCUGUCUGCUAAAUUUUAUUUCACACUACAGCUGUACUUUGAUUUCUGCCAUGCCAUAGUAAAUUAUACAUUAGUUGCGUGGAUAACCAUUAUUGACAAUGUUGCUGAGAAGUACUAUUAAAUAGCAAAAACAAUCAAGUAUCUAUAAGAAGGACACUACUUGUACACAAGUGUAUAUUUUAAGGUCUGUCAUUGCUAAGGGGAUUCGUAAUCUGCAACACUGGUCACAGCUGAGCUGACUGGAUGUUUUUGGUUAUGGUAUUACAGAUCACACACAGGCCAGGCUUAAAAUGCUUUGGUAAAAGUUUGCAUACUGUGCCUACUUAAAAUAAACAUAGGCACGUUAAACAUGCAUGAGCUAUUUUGAAUGCUUCUGUGUAACUAUAAUACUUCGGUGUAACCUUACCAAGAGUGAUGAUUCUACCUUUUUCAUCCUAAAUGUAGAUUUGGCUUUUGUGCGAAAUUGGGUAUUGCACUACAUAAAUGAAAACGCGAAACGCUCAGCUGAGUCGAUCCUCAACCUAUAUAUUCACUUUCUUCUGUCUUUCCCUGUUACAUCUGGUGCAAGUUAAACAAUUUGUUAAAGUAAAAUAAAUUUCUACUCACCAAACGUUGAUUAGAUGGAAAACUCUAAGGUUUCCUCGGAGUUUCUUAAGCCAAAAUUUGACUCAUCGAAUACUGAAUAGUUACGAAAUACCAGGAUUUUUACCAUUGUGGUAGAUGGUUGCAUCAUCAUAAUUCACGAGGUUUUCACGUGCGAUUCUACUCAGUGAAACAGUCUUUAACUCCGACAACUUAUUUCUUCAUAAAACCUAUUGCUUCUUAAAAGACAAGAGCCUUUUUUAGGGCAUUGUUGGUUACUAAACGAAACAGGUCUUCAUACAUCCAACUUACUAUUUAUCAUUGUGAAAAGCUAAUCUGCAUGAGAUGUACAGUCACACAGCUGGCACGUGAAAGUGAUGGACUUUGCCCCCUUUCGUGGUUCAUACUUGAGGGAAUUUGAGUUAUCACACAGUAAACUAGUAAACAAAAUUAUAAAAAUAACUCUUGCACACAAUUUGCACGCGAAGAUGUUGGUCUUUGGCCGUUUUACAAUUCCUAUGUUAAAAAAAGGCAAAUUGUUUACUGCAAAAUUUUCUCAAACGAUUUUAAGAAAUCACCUCGGCUUCAUUACAACAUCUGCAAUUAAAUUAUGUUUCAUGCAACGUCAAGGUUGAUAACCUAACAUUUAUUAACAUUUGUGAGACAGUCUUUAACUCCGACAACUUAUUUCUUCAUGUCUUAAAAGCUAUUGCUUCUUAAAAAGACAGGAGCCUUUUUUUAAUAGGGCAUUGGUUACUAAACGAAACAGGUCUUCAUACGUCCAAGUUACUAUUAUUAUUGUGAAAAGCCAAUCUGCUUGAGGUGUACAGUCACACAGCUGGCACAUGAAAGUGUUGGACUUUGCCCUCUUUCGUGGUUUGUACGUGAGGGAAUUUGAGUUAUCACACAGUAAUCUAGUGAACAGAAUUAUAAAAAUAACUCAUGCACACAAUUUGCAAGUGAAGAUGUUGGUCUUUGGCCCUUUUACAAUUUGUACGAAAAAAAAGGCAAAUUGUUUUACUACAAAAUUUUCUCAAGCGAUUUUAAGAAAUCACCUCUGCUUUAUUACAACAUCUGCAAUUAAAUUAUGUUUCAUGCAACGUCAAGGUUGAUAGCCUAACAUUUAUUAACUUCCAAGAAAAUUAUCAAACUGCUGAAAUAUAUUUCUACUUGUAUCAUGUUACUCCACUCAAUACAACAGUAUCUAGUUAUUGUGUCAACUAGCUUCUUCCAAUUUUACUCCCUAAUGCUAUACUGUUUCUACUCAAGUUACGCAUCUUUCCUAAAUAAAAUACGUUUCAGAAACUAUAAUACUUUGUAUGCAGGAAGGAUGUAUCAAGUUGUUCACUUAUUAUUCUUUUUUUUUGUUUUGCCAGAACGAAAAAGGUCUGUUGAACUUUGUAAGCGAGAGAAUAAUAUUUUUAAAGCUUGUUUACAGGAUUAACAAUACUCGGUACAGCUUUCACAAAAAUAAGCUGCCUUUUUAAAAUUCUAAAACCACAUUUUAUAGGGCGCAUACUUUCGCAUUAAAGUCUAUAUCUAAAAAUCAAUUAUUGCUUCACUGGAAGAGCUUUGAAAAUAUAUGAUCUUUUAUACUCUACCCAGUUGUAGCAGGUGAAACAGAACUCAUACUGACGUGCGGUGUACCGAUAGCCGAAUUAGGUCAGAAAUGCCUUGAAGCAGCAUCCAUACUAAAAUAUGAACCCUUAAACAGCUGCAUCACUGUACACACCGUUUGAAUCAUGAAGAUAUGUAUAGGUAAUAGUGUGAUUUGUAGUGAUAUUUGGCAUAAAUACCACGAGUGGUAUUUCGAAAUUGUUAUACGUAAUUUCACGUGCUGUUAGGCAAGUGAAAUUUGAGACAAUUUUGAAAUAUCACGAGUGGUAUUUUUGCCAAAUAUCACGUACAAAUCAUGCUAUUAUUUGUUUAUACCACUACCCCUAAAAGGUUUGUAAUUUUCACAUGCAGGUAUUUCAAAUUAAACUGAAAUACCACUGCUCUAAGCCAAUCAGAUUGCAGAAAUUUCUCAUGUAGUAGUAUAAUUAAUGUAAUUCUUCCAAACACCUGUAGCCGUAAUAAAAGACGGGAAAAUUGUGAAGAAUCACGAUGGCGGUCUCAAAGUGCCCUUGUUUGACCUUUACCAAUGCCAUGUUCAAAUAGAUGCCAAGAUCUCAUUGGUUCCUAAGCAUCAACUCAUAGUACCUUCAACCUUAUUGGCUCUUGCAACAAACAUCCCAACAUACAAAGCCACAAAGAUACAUAUGCUCACACCACUGACAUAUGAGCUAUUUUUUCAAAAUAGCUCAAUAAUGACAGUCUUGGGCUCAGAGAGAUACAUGUAAAUGAAACUCUUGAGGACGGUGUAUAACAUUCUUGGGAGGAGUCCACCUUAUGAAGCUGUCCCUUGAUGGCAAUAAAAUAGUACUUAUUAUUAAGCCUACUUCUUUGAUUCUUAGAUCCCAAGUCGGACAACUGUACAAGACAAAGGAAGAACUUGGAGGAAACAGCUCAACAAAAAAAUGUGCCAAGACUCUGACAUGGAAUAA